UGACCCAACACUCACCGGCUUCAGCUCUGGAGCAGAGGAGGAAGAGCAGCAGGGAGAGAGGAAGAUGAUGCAUCUUCGCAGAGAGGCUGUCCAGGACAGAAGUUUCCCCAGAGAUGCCCUCUGUUUUGCUGGAGACAAGGUUGAGUCCCGAACUCCUGAGUCUUGGCUUCAGGGAUGAGCUCUCAAGCCUGCUGCCUCAUCUGUGGUGGGAGAUGGAAGGAUCAUGUCUUUCCCAGAGAACCUUCUGGAACAUAAAGGCCUUCGCCUUGAGUAGGAAGCAGGAAAACAGAAGUCGUCCACAGUGUCAAGAUUUCACUGAGAGUUUGCUGGGGCUCAAGUGACCUGAGAGCGUAAUGGGGCUCAAAGUCUGGCAGGAGGAAGCACCAGCAGCAACUGGCUGGGCAGACUUCCCAGGAAGAUGCGGCCACUCCUGCUCCUGGUGGUCCUUCUCCUGCCCCCCAGGGCUAGGGCAGGGCAGAUCAUCGGAGGCCAAGAGGCCAGGCCCCAUUCCCACCCUUACAUGGCAUAUGUUCAGAUCCGAACUCCAGGUCUGAAAACUUGUGGGGGGUUCCUGGUGCGAGAAGACUUCGUGGUGACAGCAGCUCACUGCUUGGGAAGCCAGAUAAAUGUCAUCCUGGGGGCCCACAACGUCAGGAGGUUGGAAAGGACUCAGCAGCGCAUACCGGUGCUCAGAGCCAUCCCCCACCCCAGGUACAAUCCGCAGAACAACUGGAAUGACAUCAUGUUACUGCAGCUGAGGAGCAGGGUAAGACGUAAUCGAGCUGUGAGGCCGGUGGCUCUGCCUCAGACCCACAGCAGGCUGAGUCCUGGGACCCUGUGCACUGUGGCCGGCUGGGGCCUUGUCGGCCUGAACAGGAGAACAGACAUGCUCCAGGAUGUAUGGAUCAGAGUGCAGAGGGGUGAGGAGUGCAGGAGACGCUUCAUGUUGUACACCGGCCGAACACAGAUUUGUGUGGGCGACCCAAGAGAGGGGAAAUCCGCCUUCUUGGGAGACUCCGGUGGCCCCCUUGUGUGUAACAACGUGGCCCAGGGCAUCGUCUCCUACGGAAACAGCAUUGGGACUCCUCCAGCAGUCUUCACCAGGAUUUCCAGCUUCCUGCCCUGGAUACGGAGAACGAUGAGACAUUUCCAAGAGUGGGGGCUGGAGUGACACCCCCUGUCACUGACUCCCCUUCUCUGGGGCAGAGCCCAGAUCCAGGGCGGUUCCCAGAGCCUUAAUAAACAUCCACAUCUAGAGUGGAAAUAACCGAUUUCUCAUU